AUGGGCUACGCUUCGGUCAUUCGAUUUGCCGGUUUACGUAUUGCUGGGCUGUCGGGAAUUUUUAAAUCAAAUGAUUACAAUAAGGGGCAUUUUGAACGUCCACCAUUUCAAGAACAUGGUUCUGUUGUUUCUGCUUAUCAUGUUCGUUCAAUAGAUGUUUUUAGAUUGAAACAAUUGAGAGAUUCUAAAAUUGAUAUUUGUAUGUCUCAUGACUGGCCGGCAGGAAUUACUGACUUUGGAGAUUGUAAUUGGUUAUUGAAAAGAAAACCUCUUCUUCAUGAAUUAAAACCUUUGCAUUGGUUUGCAGCUCAUCUACACGUUCGUUUUACUGCUGUUGUACAUCAUAAUAAAGAUGAUGAAGAGAAAGGAACUCAAACAGAUGAAAUAAAAUCUUCGAUAAAUUCUUCUCGAGUUACAAACUUUUUGGCCUUGGACAAACCUAUGGGCAAUGAUAAUCGACAUUCUUCUAUGGAAUUGUGUUAUGAUCCUAUAUGGCUUGCUAUACUUCGAACAACAGAUCAUUUAACAAAAUUUACGGACCGUUUUAUUAAUUUACCUCUUGAAACACCAUCAAAAAAUGUUGAGGAAAAAACAACAGAACGUUUCGACUUUCGCCCAACAAAAGAAGAAUUAGAAACUGUCAAUACUUUAUUUUCUUCUGAUUUUCAUAUUCCUUUAAAUUUUCAACGUACAGCACCGCCAGAAAUUGAACCAUUUAUAGGCAAAGGAAAACCUAAUCGACAACCUAGUUUAUAUUAUAGAAAUCCUCAAAGUCAACAAUUUUGUGAAAAACUUGGAAUUCAAGAUUUAAAUCUUCAAUUUGCUCAAGCUUCAGUAAAUUUCCUUGGAAUUCCUUAUUUUCUUUCCGAAAAUACACAAUCAUUGAUUAGUGAGGAAAUUAGUUCAAAAACAACGAAUGAAUCAACAAAUAAUGGAAAGAAUCCAGAAGAAAUUGAUUUGGAAGAAGAUGAGUUUGGUCAAAAUGAUUUUAUUGUUGAUGUUAAAGGUUCUUUAAAGAAUUCAGAGAAUGAUGAAAAAUAA